CAAGUUCUGGGCUUUGGCGGCUAUUCUUCUGCUUGCCUUCUGGUCGAUAUUCACCGGCACAGUCACUCUCCGGUGGUCCGCCGGGAAUCUAAACCGUUUCUCAGACGAAUUCGACAUUCCUCUUUACGACGAUCUAGACGUCCUCGAAAUGGAGGAGAGAGAGAAGAUGGUAAAGCACAUGUGGGAUGUCUACACUAAUGGUCGUCGGAUCAGAUUGCCCAAGUUCUGGCAGCAGGCCUUCGAGGCGGCUUAUGAGGAGUUAACCAGCGAUGAGCCUGAAGUGCGAGAGACUGCCAUCUCCGAGAUCGCUAAAAUGUCUAUUCGCUCCAUUUAUUUUGAAGCCCCGCCUCUUCAAACGUUGGCAAUUCAGGAGUUGGCUAAAGCAAAUAGAGUUCCAGGAAAUGAUCUUAGUAAGGAGUAAUAUACUAUCGCAUAGAAUGGUCAUGGAUCACAGAAGUAUGCAUUCACGUUUAUCACGGUGUCACAGAAAACCAAUCCAGUUAUAUGCCUGCAAUCAGCUAUCUGAAACGGUAGUUUGGGGUAGGAAACUAUUCUCGGGUUCGUUUCUUUUGUAAGAGGCCAAAAAAGAUCAAUGUAUUUACUUAGGUUUUCAUUUCCCCCUAACUUUCUUUUUUCCCACUGUUUUCAUUUAAUUAAUUCAUUAAAUGGAAAAUAUUACUCCGUAUGUUUCAAGGUCACUUCCACUCUAAGGGCUUGUUUGCAAACUAUUAUUUUAAGUGCUUUUGGCUUUUUUUUUUAAGAAAAAAACACUUAUUUUA